AUGGACUACAGCUUCUGGUUCUUUAAGCCGAUGGACCUUACGAAGCGACGAAGCUGCGAACUUGCAACCAUUGCAUGCUCUGGCAUCUCGCGGAUGACUCAUGCAGACGUCUACUCGGAGUACAUCUUGUUGGGCGAGCUGUUGUCAUUGCCGGAGCUGAGCGAGGCCAUGCGUCUCGCUGGCAUCGACGACGGCAGCGGUGUGAACUUUGAGAAAGACUCCGGCAAGGUAACCAUGAACCCAAGUAUCACCAGCUUCAUCGAGGAGAUGGUGGCAAACUGCCAGCUCUCCGAUGGGGUGAAGGUGUUUGACUAUUGGGCUGAUACCGGCGUGGGUAGUUGGAUCCGGCUUGCCGGUCAGCGCGAGAGCCAAGGCCAAUACCGAUACCGCCGCUACUCGAAUGGUAACGGCAGCACCCAGAACGGCUCGCAGAGUUGCGCACACGCCACGAGGCCGCCAGCUCGCCAGGUCGAACCUCCGUGCCCUCCGCGAUCUGCCGCACAGUUUCAAGGCAGAGCCUUGCCAGGCUGGGUGACUCGGGUGCAAAGUGCCGAUGGCGUGGCAACUCCAGCUACCAGGACGAUCCCUGCAGCCGCAGCAUCGACAUUGCGGGAAGAGGCGCCCGCCACUUCGCUCCCGCCAUCUUCGGCAUCAACAUUUCUCAAGCAGUCGGGUGAGACGGAGGAGGUGCAACCAGAUCGACCUCCACCGCCCUCGCCCGACCUGAAUCACGUCGUCUCUCAGGCUAUUCCCAAGCGGAACAAGGUCUCCAACAAAAUGAAGCAUGAGACCACGGGCGCGCCUGAGAUUCAAGUGGCGCCGGUGCCACCGACACCCAAGCCUCCGCCAGCAGAGCUUCGGCAGGUGGCCCCGGCCCCAGCACCCAGCAUCCCUGUGCCGGCCCCGUUGCCUCAGGAACCGGCCAGACCAGCGCAACCGCCGGCACCCGAAGUUGCUCCCGAGCAAGCGAAGGAACCUUGGGAGCUGCCAGAGCAGGUCACCAGCAAAGCCUGGAUCCGUGGCAUGCUUCGUUCCUACCAUCCGGAUCAAGCCUGCGGCUACCUCGCCCUGCCGGGGCGAGCUGAGCAGAUCCUCCUGCGGGCGAGUGCCAUCGAGGGAGAGAUCCCUCCGGAGUUCGGGGAGGGAUACCAGAUCGAGGUCGAGGUGGAGGACUUAGAGAAGGAGCCGCGCGUUCUGCGCGCCAAGGUGGCCGCCGCCCCACAGCUGCCCCGCAAGGAGAGCCAUGCGCCUGGGGAGGCUACGUCGACGAAGCGAGGUAGGAUCAAGACGUUUAUGCUGGACAGGGGCUUCGGUUUCUGCCAGCUGGAGGAAGCUGAUCGAACAGUCGAUGUCUUCAUCCACAUCAGCAGCUUCGAAGGGCCAGUGCCGGAGGACUUCCACGGCAUGCCGGGAUCGCCCCCGGUGGGUCAGGAGGUUGAGAUCAAGCUCGGCGACACCUCGGCGAGGCCCAGGGCGUGCUGGGCACGUGUCGUCGGACCAGCCUUACCCAUGGACAAGGCCAAUGCUCUGUCAAGCUGCCUGAGCCAUGUGCUGAAGUCUGCAGAACGACUCGAGGGGAAGCCGAAGAAGGGAGGCUGGCACAAGCUCGUGGACAUACUGGCUACGGAUUCGCUUCGUGUGGCCGUGACGGCGUAUUCCCCCACUGGCGUAGCGGAGAUCAAGAUGGGCAACAUCCCAGAGCCGUUGAUGAACUGUCUGCACGAUCUGGCCGUCUGCGUUGUGGCGCCAACACCGGAAGCGGCAGCUGAAGCGAUAGCCGGUAGCGUGCCGAGCACUGCAGAGGCAUCGGAGUCCAGUUCUCGCUUCCACUUGUGGCUGGAACAGGAGGCCUUCAUCGGCGAGAACUCGCCCCCGGAGGCCGAGCGCCUGUGGAUACGGACCGCCUAUCGAGGCGGGGCUCGCGGCUUUCUGGGUGCCAAGGCGCCGCCAGAGAAGGCAAAGCAGGUGAAAGAGAAGAGCUGGUGGGAGGGAGGGGGAACUACCGCCCGGACUGGUUUGUGGGAACCUCAGCACUUGAAGGCCUUGUGCUCAAAUCCUCUAGGGGACUGCACUGCGGACGAUGUGCUGAAAGUCCUCGGCGCUCUUCCUGUGGAUGCUCCGUCCGAAGUGCGGCGCUACCUGGAAGCCUGGGAGAAGCGCAUGCGACUGAAGUAG